UAAACUCUAACAUGUGUCUAUAUUUUCAGAAGGCUACGGGCUGUUUCACUGCUACAGCCAUGGCACCCAAAAAGAACAAGACGACCAAAAAGAGCAAAGGAGACAUAAAUGAUAUCAUGGUGGAAAACAGCCCCAUUAACAAAAUUAAUGGACUAAACACUCUGAUCGAGGGAGGAAAUGGCUUCAGCUGCAUUUCCACUGAGGUCAAUGAUUCUGUGUACGCACCAAACCUCCUGCAGGGUUUGAGCAACAUGCGACAGGAAAGUUUCCUCUGUGAUCUAACAGUCACCACCAAAUCAACAACAUUUGAUGUCCACAAGGUCGUCAUGGCCUCUUGCAGUGAGUACAUUAGGAAUAUCUUAAAGAAGGAUUCAAACCUGCAGAAGAUUGACCUGAAUGACCUCUCACCAGUUGGUCUAGCAACUACAAUUACAUAUGCAUACUCCGGGAAGCUUACCUUAUCUCUUUACAGUAUUGGCAGCACAAUUGCUGCAGCAAGGCAGCUUCAGAUCAGCACCCUGGUAAAAAUGUGCAGUGAUUUCCUCAUGCAGGAACUCAGUGUAGAGAACUGCAUGUAUGUGGCCAAUAUUGCUGAUGCUUAUGACCUUAAAGAAACCAAGGAUGCAGCUCAAAAAUUCAUGCGAGAGAACUUCAUUGAGUUUUCUGAAAUGGAGCAGUUCCUGAAGCUGACGUAUGAGCAGAUUAGCGAAUUCCUUUCUGAUGAUUCUCUACAGCUCCCAUCUGAAGUCACAGCCUUCCAUAUUGCCAUGAAAUGGUUAGACUUUGACGAGAAACGGCUAAAGUAUGCGGCAGAUCUUCUGACUCUCAUCCGCUUUGGAACAAUCUCUGCUCAAGACCUUGUGAAUCAUGUCCAAAGUGUUCCUAGAAUGAUGCAAGAUCCAGAGUGUCAUCGUUUACUCGUUGAUGCCAUGAACUACCAUCUUCUCCCAUAUCAGCAGAACAUCCUGCAAUCACGUAGAACGAAGGUGCGCGGUGGCCUUAAGGUGAUUCUCACAGUUGGUGGACGUCCUGCCUUGACGGAGAAAUCUCUCAGCAAAGAUGUUCUUUACAGAGAUGAAGACAAAGUCUGGAAUAAAUUGACAGAAAUGCCAGCAAAGAGUUUUAACCAGUGUGUGGCAGUCCUGGAUGGUUUCCUCUAUGUAGCAGGUGGUGAGGACCAGAACGAUGCGAGGAACCAAGCAAAGCAUGCUGUUAGCAACUUCUGCAGGUAUGACUCCCGCUUUAACACUUGGAUUCACUUGAGCAACAUGAUCCAGAGACGUACCCACUUCAGCCUCAACACCUUCAAUGGUCUUUUGUUUGCCAUUGGCGGCCGAAAUGCUGAUGGUGUCCAGGCCUCCAUGGAGUGCUAUGUACCUUCUUCUAAUCAAUGGCAAAUGAAAGCUGCCAUGGAGGUACCUCGCUGCUGUCACGCUAGCUCUGUUAUUGAUGGUAAGAUCCUUGUUUCUGGAGGCUACAUCAACAAUGCCUACUCCAGGGCUGUGUGCGCGUAUGACCCCUCCACCGACACAUGGCAGGACAAGAGCAGUCUGAGCACUCCCAGAGGAUGGCACUGUGCCGCUACCAUUGGAGAUCGAGCUUACGUCAUUGGUGGCAGCCAGCUCGGAGGGCGAGGAGAGAGAGUUGAUGUUCUGGUUGUUGAGGCUUACAACCCGCACAGCGGCCAAUGGAGCUACUGCGCGCCACUUCACAUAGGGGUCAGCACAGCCGGGAUUUCCAUUUUGAACAACAAGAUCUAUCUCCUUGGGGGCUGGAACGAGGGUGAAAAGAAGUACAAGAAGUGCAUUCAGGUUUACAACCCUGAUCUCAAUGAAUGGACUGAGGAUGAUGAGUUGCCAGAAGCUACAGUUGGCAUUUCGUGCUGCGUCGUCACCAUACCUACAAGAAAAACUAGAGAAUCCAGAGCCAGUUCAGCUUCAUCUGCUCCAGUCAGUAUAUAGGGGUAUAGAUCCCAACAGUGAUUAAGUUCAGUCGUCAUAUCUCCACUUUGCCUGUUGCAUUGUUGCUACUAUUGGAUAUUGAGUUUCUUAAUUUAAGCAAAGAAGAAGAGAGGUUUACCACAUUUAUUAACAGUAUUUCAUAUUUUCAUUGCUUAACGUUGUUGAUGCAAAAUACUGUUAUGUAAUUAUACAAAAAA